GUGUGGUGGCUGUAGGAAAUAGUAUGCUAGUGCCAGUUUGAAGUCACUGAAUUCCACCGGCUGUUUCCUUAGUUUCCUCCAGUUUAAAACAUUUAUGCUGGCGCAACAGAUUACCGAAUGUAGUUUGAAUUUUUGGUUUUGAAGUUUUGGAGUAGUUUUGGGCUUGCAAUGCAGCUUUUCAAAAACAGGAUGCACCGUUUCCAUUCAAGAAUUUAGAGGAUGCUAAUAAUGCUAAUUAUAGACUGGGACAGUGAUGAAUAAUCGAUUGUUUCAAAAAAUGACUAUGUGCCUUCAGGUACACCUCAGGAUCGAGCAGUGCAUCCUCCUCCCCAAACAACCUGCUGCACACCUGAACCUUAUUUUGACUUGGAUUGUGAUUGGUGGGAAUCUUUCUGAGACACGACAAGGCCAUGAGGGGCUGGAGCAGAAGCUGAAGGAGGUCUUCACAGAGCGGACUGGCAUCCUGCGUCAACUGUCCAAGACUUCAAAGGAACUGGACAGCAUAAAAGGCAACCUUCAGACACUGAAAAAUGAUGACUCUGUGGCCAAGAAGGAUGUCCAGAGAAUUCUUGAGCUCAGCCACAAGCAGAGGGAAGAGAUGAAGUCCCUCCAGGCCGCCUUGCAGAAGCAGCUGGACGAGGCGACGGAGCGAGCCGAGAAACAGCAGGCUACGAUCAAAUUCCUUAAGAUGGAGAUGGAGAAAAAGACCAAAAUCAUCAAGGACUUGCAACAGGAGAACAAGAGCUUGAAAAAUAAACUUCUAUCAGGCAACAAGCUGUGCGAUGUCCAUGCUGAAGAGUCCAAAAAAAUCCAGGCUCAACUGAAAGAGCUGCGGUAUGGGAAAAAGGAUUUAAUUUUCAAGGGACAGCAGCUAAUGGAUCUGGAGCACAAGUUAACCAUUGCCAAAGAAGAGUUGGAAAAGGCCGCACUGGACAAGGAGUCUCAGCUGAAAGCACUGAAGGACACGGUGCAUAUCUGUUUCUCUGCUGUUCUGCACAACCAACCCACCAGCAGCCACAGAUUCCCUGCACCACCCACCCACUUGUUCAGAUACUCCUCCCUUGUCAACGGCUCCAGAGUCACAUUCCAGCAGCCACAUGCCAAGGAUAUCCCAAAAGUUCAGAGAAUCAUCAUGGCAAGUAAAUCACCUUCGAACAUUGGGGUAAUGAGAAGAGAAAGUAGUCCCAUACUCAAGGACUGCCAGAUGGAAAAGAUUGGCGAGGAAUGCUUCCAAAACCAGACCAAGAAGGAAUCCUCCCAGGACAGUAAAAAGCUGUUUGAAGAACAGCAGCAAAGGAACCAAGCGCAGAUUGGAAAAUCGGUUGCAAAGCCCUCAGAUGACAGGAAAGAAGUGCAAGCAGGAAGCAAAAAGACAAAAAUACACAAAAACAACUGAAUGGAUGGGAUAUCAAUGGCGAUGAAGAAUAAAAACAGAUUUACCUGGAGGAUCUUUCAGAGCACAAACUUGUGCCCACACACAUAUGCACAUGCACUCGCGCACCCACCACACACACACACACACACAGACACAUCAUCGGUUGCAAAAGAGACAGAAAAACCUGUGAUACCUGGAGGACCUUUUUCUGAGCACAUUCUUGUUCCCAAAAACAUAAUGGCACACACACAUGCACACACGCACACAGAUUAUUUUAUUGCAAAAGACACUGGAAUUGUUGGACGAAAACAAGCUUCUCAACCUGCAUAAAUAAAUGGCAUGCAUUCUAGACUUCUAGACUUAUUUUAAAGGUAGCAAUGGCACUGGUAACUUGUUUUAUGAUUGUUCAUUGUUUUUUCAGAGUGAGGACACUACUUUCUACAGUAAAUGUGUUAUUUCUAAAUAAAUCCCUUUCCACUGGUGAGGUCAUGCUAUUCUGUAUUAUAAGUACACCCAUUAACUAAAACUGCUGUAACACCAAACUUACAAAUAUGGUUUGUGACAUAAUAUGGUUUGUAGCCAGAUUAAUUUACUCUCUCCAUAUUUUGAAGUAUAAGCUCUCAAGUUGGCUGGCCAACUUCUUUCAACAUUUCAGAGCUCUUUCUGCCUUUAACAUGCUAGAGGAGAAGAGCCCAAGACUCACAAUGAGUCGUCUCCCAGAGAAUGUGCCAUGCACUGAGUAGUUACUCUUAGCUACAUGUAUCUGUGUUAUUUGACCUUUCUGUGUUCUUUCAAUAAACUGUGAUUUUCAGUAAAUGUGUGAAGAAUAAAUGGAUAUUUGUGGAGAAAACA